CUUUGCGAGUGGAGGAGGAGGAAGAGGAGGUCGCCGCGGCUCGGGCCGGCCGCCGCCGAGUUCGAGGCUGGAUGGAUCUGUUCGGGGACCUUCCCGAGGCGGCCCCUUCGGCAGCUGUGGAGGCGGUGGCAGGGAAAGAAGAGCAGAAAGGAAUUUUGCUUUUUGAUGAACUUCCGUCAGUCAGCAGCACUGACUUAGGAACUGGAGGCUCUUUGCUUUUUGACGACCUCCCACCUGCCAGCAGCGGAAACUCAGCUUCACAUCCUGCAGAGCAAGUUUCUAUUCCCGUGAGCCAUGGGAAGGGAGAGAAGAGGAAAUCCACGGAGGGAGAGAAGAAUGGGAGUGAAGAACUUGUGGAAAAGAAAGUUUGUAAAGACUCUGCAGGUAUCCUUGGUCUGAAGGGCUACGUGGCAGAGAGGAAAGGAGAGCGAGAAGAGAUGCAGGAUGCCCAUGUCAUUCUGAAUGAUAUCACAGAAGAGUGCAGCCCCCUCCCCUCUCAGAUUACCCGUGUUUCAUACUUUGCUGUCUUUGAUGGCCACGGAGGAGUUCGAGCUUCAAAGUAUGCAGCACAGAAUCUGCAUCAAAACCUGAUCAGAAAAUUCCCUAAAGGAGAUGUGCCCAGUGUUGAGAAAACAAUAAGAAGAUGCCUUCUGGACACCUUCAAAUACACAGACGAGGAGUUUCUCAAGCAGGCUUCCAGUCAGAAACCUGCCUGGAAGGAUGGCUCCACAGCAACUUGUGUGCUGGUGAUUGAUAAUACUUUGUAUAUUGCCAACCUUGGAGACAGCAGGGCGCUUCUGUGUCGCUACAAUGAAGAAAGUCAGAAACAUACAGCCUUAAGUCUCAGUAAAGAACAUAACCCAACUCAAUACGACGAGAGGAUGAGGAUCCAAAAGGCUGGAGGGAAUGUCAGGGAAGGACGUGUCUUGGGUGUCCUGGAAGUCUCUCGCUCCAUUGGGGAUGGGCAGUACAAGCGCUUUGGGGUCAUUUCUGUGCCAGAUGUCAAGCGCUGCCAGCUUACACACAACGACAGGUUUAUCCUCUUGGCUUGUGAUGGUCUCUUCAAAGUCUUCUCACCAGAUGAAGCUGUGAACUUCAUUAUGUCUUGUUUGGAGGACAAAACUAUUCCCACGAGAGAUGCCAAAUCGGCUGCUGAUGCUCGGUAUGAAGCAGCCUGUAACAGGUUGGCCAACAAGGCUGUGCAGCGAGGGUCUGCAGACAAUGUCACAGUUGUGGUGGUCCGGAUUGAGCAGUGAUGCAAAGAAUAGGUGCAAGCGAGGUCCUUAGCAGCAUGCAGUGGAUUUAAUGGAACAAGUUAGUGUGCCUGUGAGUGUGUAUGUGUGUAUGUAGGGUUUCGGUUGUGUUUUCCCCCCGAAUGCUCUUAUUUGUAAAUAAAAGGGUUUUUUUUCUAA